GGGCAAUUUGUGGUAAUUUUCCACGGAUAGAUCGGGACCGCCAUCUACGAUGGAAAGUACCCGACCUAUGCCUAUCGUUCUUUCUUAAUUUGACGGCUUUGCCGUUUGUACGUACACGUGAGGCAACAGCUCGUUGAGGCCGUAGAUUUCUACAGAUUAUCAGUGAAAAUGCCGUCCGACGCCAAGAAAAAACAGCAGCAGAAGAAAAAAGAUGCUGCAAAGGCUAGACAGUCCGGCAAGAAGACAACUCAGCCUCAGAACAGAUCCGAAGAUGAUAGUAAAGAACAGAGUCCUGUGGGAGAACAACAGAAUGGCACCAAUGGAACUGCCCUCUGUGCAGAAGAGGCUCUCUGUUUGAAACUGGAGGCAGACGCACGGCUCAACGCUGAAGCUCGUUCGUGUACUGGUUCACUGGCUUCUCAUCCUCGUAGUCGAGAUAUUAAGAUAUCGAACUUUUCAAUAACCUUCCAUGGUUGCGAACUUUUGCAAGAUACCAUGCUCGAGUUGAAUUGUGGCAGACGAUAUGGUCUCUUGGGUCUAAAUGGUUCAGGAAAGUCUACUUUGCUUUCUGUCGUUGGUAAUCGAGAAGUUCCGAUACCCGAGCAGAUCGAUAUUUUUCAUCUGACUAGAGAGAUGCCAGCUAGUAAUAAGUCAGCAUUGGAAUGUGUCAUGGAAGUUGACGAGGAACGAGUUAGACUUGAAAGGUUGGCUGAGGAAUUGGUUGAAUGUGAAGAAGAAGAUGCACAGGAACAACUCAUGGACGUUUAUGAGAGAUUAGAUGAUAUGAAUGCAGAUACAGCCGAGGCUCGUGCCGCUCAUAUUCUGCAUGGUCUAGGUUUCACUCCUAAAAUGCAGCGAACUCCGACUAAAGAUUUCUCUGGAGGUUGGCGAAUGCGAAUAGCAUUGGCAAGAGCCCUGUACGUGAAGCCGCAUCUGCUGCUGUUAGAUGAACCUACCAAUCAUCUUGACCUCGAUGCUUGUGUUUGGCUCGAAGAAGAGCUCAAAACGUACAAGAGAAUUCUUGUAAUCAUCUCUCAUUCUCAAGAUUUCCUCAAUGGUAUCUGCACCAACAUUAUUCACGUGAAUAAAAAACAGCUGAAGUAUUACACCGGUAAUUACGAGGCAUUCACCAAGACCAGGAUGGAAUUGCUGGAAAAUCAAGCAAAACAGUACAACUGGGAGCAAGAUCAAAUAGCGCACAUGAAAAACUACAUUGCUAGAUUUGGUCACGGAUCAGCAAAGUUGGCCAGACAGGCACAGUCCAAAGAAAAAACUUUAGCUAAAAUGGUCGCUCAAGGUCUGACCGAGAAAGUUACCAGUGACAAGAUUCUCAACUUCUACUUUCCAUCUUGUGGAGGUAUACCACCCCCUGUUAUCAUGGUGCAAAAUGUCAGCUUCCGAUACACGGACGACUCUCCAUGGAUAUACAAAAAUUUGGAAUUUGGAAUAGAUCUGGAUACAAGGCUUGCUUUGGUCGGACCCAACGGUGCUGGCAAGAGUACAUUACUCAAAUUGUUGUAUGGAGAAUUGGUACCCAGCAGUGGAAUGAUCAGAAAAAACAGUCAUUUGCGUAUCGCGAGGUACCACCAACACUUGCAUGAACUACUGGACCUGGACCUAUCUCCUCUAGAUUAUAUGAUGAAGGCUUUUCCGGAUGUCAAAGAACGCGAAGAAAUGCGCAAAAUAAUUGGUAGAUAUGGAUUGACCGGUCGACAGCAGGUAUGUCCCAUUCGUCAAUUGUCAGAUGGGCAACGUUGCAGAGUCGUGUUUGCCUGGCUUGCCUGGCAAGUACCGCAUCUUUUGCUGCUAGACGAACCUACCAAUCAUCUUGAUAUGGAAACUAUUGAUGCGCUAGCCGACGCGAUCAAUGAUUUUGACGGCGGAAUGGUUUUGGUCUCCCAUGACUUUAGACUAAUUAAUCAGGUAGCGGAAGAAAUUUGGGUGUGCGAAAAUGGAACGGUCACAAAAUGGCAAGGUGGCAUUUUGAACUACAAGGAACACUUGAAGACCAAGGUGUUGAAGGAUAACCAGAAGAGUCAGAAGGACUUCGCUGCCCGAGUCAAAUAAAGUAUCUUUCAUCCUUCACACAUUUAUUCCUUUUAUAUCGCACCCUCCAUUAUAUAAAUUUUACGAAGAAUUCAAAACUUGCCUGUCAUCCGAUUCAGUGCUGCUGUGUAGCACAAUGAUGGCCUGAGCUAUCCUAGCUAAUUUAUUUAAAUAAUGAAUCAGUAAUAACUAAAUAAAAUUACUCUAUCAAUCAAUUAAUUAACGGAGGUCGUUGGCCUUCGGGGAAAACCAUCAAGGUACUGUUCGGUGAUUUGAUACCCAUGUAUUAUCGUGGUGAAAUCACAGACACAGUGUGGAAAUAAUUAUAGAAUAUUAAUAAAAUAAUCCUACAGGAAUAUAUGGAAA